AUGGCGAUGACGACGCUGGCGGUGCGGAUCCGUGCGGUGUGCGCCCUGGCGCUCCUCGCGCUGCUCUGCGGCUGCGGCUGCGGGGCGACCGGGGAUGUGAACGUGUCGGUGGAGGUGUCGUGCCCGAACGAUGCAAAGAAGUUGCGUUGGCGCGUUGCCGGCGAGAAAUCGCCCACAUGGAAGGAGUGUCCGCAGGCAGUGAUGGGUGCGGAGAGCAUUGAAAGCGCCGCCGCUGCCGGUCAUACCCUCUGCUUCGUGGCCGGUUCGGUGUACCUGGGGGGGUUAUCGACGGGGACGUGCCCUGCAUCCACCACAGAUGGGGGCACAAAUGAAGUUGUUGCGUUCAAGUUGGCCUGCACGGCGGCCGCAAACAGUGCGCUGUACAAUCUGUCGAGGAGCGCAGAUGACACCGUCACCCUCAAUGCAGCCGAGGAUCCACUGGGCGCGUCAGGCUUUUGUGACCUCCCAACCUCCAGUCAACCCACGACGCAAGCGCAGGCUGGACCCCAACAAACUCCAGGACAACAUCAACCAGCAGGCCCACCACAACAAAAACCGGCAAAUGCAGCAACAGCGUCACCUUCGGCGCAAAUUCAUGACGGAGACCGUGCGAGGAAUGGGGGCUCCACUGCUACUGUUGGGGGGCAGCCAGGCAGUGCGGUGGGUUCCACCGGAAGUCAGGAACAAUCGGCGGAAGGCCCUCAAAAAACACCAACGCCGUCGGUUGGCACUGCGGCUCCGCCAGCACAGACAACAAACGGGGCAGCAGAUGCACCCGGGGGUACACAAACACCUUCAAACCCCCAAGGCCGAUCUGCCACGCCCAACGCCACCACUCCCGCCAGCGACAAUGAUGGAGCCGCCACCACGACGGCGACCACCCGCAGUUCGAGUGAUGGGAACAACGCGAAAAGCAACGCGGACGGCAGUGCCAUCAACAGCAACACCACUCAGAAAGCCGUGGCAAAUGCUUCGGAUAGCGGUGCCACCUCCAGUUCGUUUGUGCGUGCACCUCUCAUGUUGCUCCUCACGGCUGCCCUUGCCUGUGCCGCUGCCGCUGGGUAA